AAGUUAACCAAAACGGCAACACAGAGCUUCAAUAGACCACUACCAGUUCCAGUAGCCCAGUCUAUCGCUCCUUCAUUUUCCUGUGAUUUCUCACCUUCCAAACAUACCAUAAUAAAUUUUCCCGGAUUCGAUCCAAAAGACGAUCCAUAGAAAGGAAAUUAAACCCUAAAAAACAUGAUCGGAGUAGGCAAGAUCAAGCAAUACUCUAAUGUCCUUGAUAAACCCCUCAGCAAGGGCAAACAAGAGGUGAGUUCGAGUGCGUUUGCAUUUUUGUUUUCGGAGCUUGUUCAGUAUAAUCAAACACAGGUUGAUAACAUUGCUGAAUUAGAGCGAAGGCUAGAGGAUGCAGGCUAUGCUGUUGGGGCUCGAGUUCUGGAACUUCUUUGCCAUAGGGAUAAGGGCAACAGAAGGGAAACACGAUUGUUGGGUAUUUUGUCUUUUGUACACAGCACAGUGUGGAAAGUGCUAUUUGGAAAGGUAGCCGAUUCCCUUGAAAAAGGCACCGAACAUGAAGAUGAAUACAUGAUCAGUGAGAAGGAGCUCCUUGUCAAUAGAUUCAUUUCAAUUCCAAAGGAUAUGGGGACAUUUAACUGCGGAGCAUUCGUUGCUGGAAUAGUAAGGGGUGUUUUGGAUGGUGCAGGUUUUCCAGCAGUAGUAACAGCUCAUUUUGUGCCUAUGGAGGGCCAGCAUCGACCUAGGACAACCAUUUUGAUAAAAUUUGGUGAGGAGGGUGACGUGUUGUUGAGCUUGUUGUUCACGGCCUAAAAAAUCUGCUCCUCCGUGUGGAGUGUACUAAGAAGAGAAGCAAGACUAGGUUAAUGUUUGUAUGAAUAUUUCAUCAUGCAACCUUCGGUCUUCAGCAACACGGUGAAGAGCAGUAACUCUUCAGCUGGAAUCCUGUCAGCUGUACCUUGUGACAUUAUUGGAUCCCUGUUUGAUUUUUGUGUAUGCUCUUCAGAGCAUGGAAAUUUUAAUGAUCUUGUAAAAGCAAUUAUUGCCACUUCAGUUGAUGUAAAGUAUACGAUUUCCCUUCUUCUCAGCUCAUAUGAUCUUGGUCAGGAUGAGCUGAGUUGAAUAGGUUCAAGAAUACACUUUUAUCGGACUUCCUCAA